UCACACCACUGUAUAUUAACGAUGAGGACCCUUUGAAAAAUGGGGAAGUGUCAGAAGGAAAAGAAGCUGAAGAAAAUGAAGAUGCCGAUGAAGCAGAAGUCAUGGAAGAGGGUGAAGUUGGUUUGGAAUCUGGCAAUUAUAUCCAAGCUGCUGAGGAUUUCCAGGAGUGUCUAACUCUUCAGAAGAAGCAUUUGGAACCCCACAGUUGACUGCUUGCGGAGACAUACUACCAGCUUGGCCUUGUGUCUGGUUAUUCAGGGCAAUAUGAUCUUGCCAUUCAGUACUAUAACCAAUCUGUGGAGGUUAUGCAGAAUCGACUUUCAAUGCUGAAAGAAGUCCUUGACAAGGCUGAAAAUGAAGACUCUGUGGCUGACGAUAAGAAGGAAAUGGAAGAGUUGAAAGUUCUCCUUCCAGAAAUAAAAGAAAAAAUUGAAGACGCCAAAGAAAGUAAAACCACCGGCCAUGUGGCAUCUGAAGCAAUAAAGGAGACUAUGACUGGUGGUUCUACAAGUGCAUUCUCUGGGGAUUCUGGGACCACAUCUACAACUCCAGCAAAUUCGAGUGAAGGGGCUUCAUCAAAGGCUGUUUCGGAUAUUUCCCAUCUUGUGCGGAAGAAGAGAAAAACUGAAGAUGAGAGCCCAAUAAAGGAAGCUAAAAAGUUCAAACCAGAGCCAGCAAGAAAUGGUGCAGAAGAGCCUGCCAGUAAUGGCAAUGGAGUUGAGAAAAUGGAAGAGGAGCCCUCCCAGUCUGCUGUUUCACUAGAGUCGUCUGCAUGAUUUCCAUGAAGAUGGCGGUUCUUGCCCACAUCAACUAAGCACCCCUGUUCAUUGCAUUUGGUUUUUUGUACAUACUUUUCAUGUUUUUUGUAAAAUUGUAGUAAAUUUCAAUAAAGCUUAUUUGUGAAAAGGGAUUCUUUCAAUAUCCCACUUAAAAAAAAAAAUGCCCAGAGGGGACUGGGUGGUCUCUUGGU